UCCCAUAGAUUUGGAAAUGAACAUGUGGUUGCUAAACAGGUUAGCCCACAUGGUACAGUUUCCAUAUGCUCGCAUGUCUAGGUAUUGAAUGAUUUUGAAGUUAUCAUUUCUUCUGUCAGUGCCACAUCGGCUGGUCAACAAGUAUAAAUAUCGGAUUAUGGGUUUCGUUUGUGGUGAAGAAAUUUCUUCCAAAAUUGGUUAGUUGAUAACUUACCAUUUCAUGGUUCCACUUAGCUUUUCUCUGUUCUCAGAAUGAGCUUAUUUCUUUGUUGGACAAGUUGAAAUUCCUCUAAGAUAAGAGCUUUCACAUUUUCCCCGUUAUCUACCAUGGAAUUGUUGGUGAACUGUUGUGAUUGAUUCCUACUAUCACCUCCAGCUGUUUAUUACGUCCAUUUAAUUUGGGGAACAUGUCUUCCAUGAAAUUGCAACGAAGUGGGGUAGAGAAAACUUUUUCAUAUGAAGAUCAGCAAGCCAAGAUUAAUGAAGUUAGACAGCUGAUGGGUCCUAUUGCGGACAAGCUACCAAACUUGUGUUCAGAUGCUUCAAUUCUAAGGUAUCUCAGAUCAAGGAAUUGGAAUGCGAAGAAGGCGUGUAAAAUGCUGAAAGAAACAUUGAAAUGGAGGCUUGAUUACAAACCAGAAAAGAUCUGUUGGGAAGAUGUUGCCUGUGAAGCUGAGACAGGAAAGAUCUACAGGACCAGUUACUUAGACAAGUAUGGAAGGCCCGUUCUUGUCAUGAGACCUGGUUUCCAGAACACAACCUCAACAAGAGGCCAGAUAAAAUAUUUGGUUUAUUGUAUGGAGAAUGCCAUAAUGAAUUUGGCUCCAGAUCAGGAGGAGAUGGUAUGGCUAAUUGACUUUCAAGGGUGGACAAUGGCAAGCAUAUCGGUGAAGGUCACUCGUGAAACAGCUCAUGUAUUGCAGAACUGUUACCCUGAGAGGCUGGGCCUAGCAAUCCUCUAUAACCCACCAAAAAUUUUUGAAUCUUUUUGGAUGAUGGUGAAACCUUUUCUGGAGCCCAAGACGUACAAGAAAGUGAAGUUUGUAUAUUCUAAUGACCCAGAAAGCCAGAAGAUAAUGCAGGAACUUUUUGAUAUGGACAAACUUGAAUCUGCAUUUGGUGGGCGAAACACAGUUGGGUUUGACUACAAAGAAUACGGUGAGAAGAUGAAAGAGGAUGACAGGAAGAUGUUUGAUUUCAUUAACUCAGGAUAUUCAACCCGAUCAGUUUUGUCUGAUUUCCCGCAAUCAGAGUUAUCGGUUUCAGGACGUGGUUCAGAUAAUGAAGGUUCCUCUGGGGAUGAUGGAAUUGACCCAAAGGAUAUUGAUGGCUCGUCAGAUGAGAAGAUACCAGGCCAGAGUGCCUGCAAAGACGGUGCACUCGUUUUGACAGAGGCUUAGACAGAGGUGUUGCAAACGAGUGAGUCAGCUUGAAACUAGAGAAACAAAGGUAAGGGCUUGAUCCCUAUACCUUCAAAACUAGACAUCUAUGCUGCUCAGCUAACUGCAAUUCCUUUGGAUGAAAUCUAUGUAGGAAAAGAUUCUCCAAUUGAUGGAUCACUUUUUUGAGAAAUCCAACAUAGAAAAUAAGAUUAGUUGGAACAUCCAUCCUAUUUGGACUCCCUUGUAAGUAUUUAGGCAAUUUCAUGAUUUCAUCAUUGGUUGUAACUACAACUCUGUUGAGAAAUUAUUGUAUUCUCAUUUAGUGGACAACUCUGUUGAGAAAUUAUUGUAUUCUCAUUUAGUGGACAGUUUAGUGGAGAGUUUGUUUAACUGAACAAUUUUUCA